AUGGAGUCAUCACUAAUAACUGGAAAAAUCAACGCCGUCUUGAAACAACGCAAGGAAAACGAACAAGGCAUGAGAAUAGCCAAAUUCAAUUUUAGGAAAAAUCUGGAUUGUAUUAAUAUGAAAAUAGCGAAAGCAAGUUUAAAAACAACUAAAAAUAAAUUAAUAGAAGAAAAACAAAAAAUAUUACAUGAAUAUAAGAGUUCAUUAUUCAUUGACUUUCUUUGCGAAAAAAGUAUUCAAAGAGGGCUCAGCGAUUUGUAUGAACAAUUAGACAGUAUAUAA